AUGGAGUCGGUUUGUUGUGCUUGUGCCGGUGAUCUAGCCAAAGCAGAUGAAAUAGUUUGUAAUGGCUUUUGCAAAUCAUCUUUCCACUUGCAAUGCGUUCGUCUGACCACCGAAAUUCGUGAUACUGUCGCUGGUUGCUCGCAACUGUUCUGGAUGUGCAACGCUUGUAAAAAAAUGAUGGAUAAUGCUCGUUUUCGCCAAGCCAUAACAUCCACAAAUAACGCAAUGCAAGCGAUGGCUGACGAUCAAAAUAAGGUGCUUGACGAGUUGCGCAAAGAAAUCGCACUUAACACUACUAAAAUAAACACAAUUCUUCAGCGAACGCCUUUGUCUACUACACCACGAAUUCCAUUAUCACAACAAAUAACAAACUCACGCAAACGGCCACGACUGAUAAUUCCGGACGAAACACCGCAACGUAAUAAUGCCACCGAAGGAACAAGAGAUGUGCAGGUUGAUGAUUCUAUCCCACUGGCUGCAGCUAAAAAGGAAAAAUUGUUUUGGCUGUAUCUAUCCGGAUUUGAUCCUCAGGCUACGACCAGUCAGAUCGUAAAGCUUGUAAAAAGCAAUCUCAACACCGACAAGACUGUGGACGUUGUCAAACUUGUCCCAAAAGGGAAAACACUGGAAGAACUCACAUUUGUCUCGUUCAAAGCUGGUAUCAACAUUGAGUUAAAAGACCUAGCUUUAUCUAGUUCGACAUGGCAGAAAGGAAUUAAAUUCCGGCCGUUUGAUUUCCAACACAAUUCAAACGCACGUACUUUCUUUCGAUUCCAACCGACGCCGGGUGGAGUGCAAUCACAAUGA